CUUAUAUAUCUGCUUUGAAAAGAAAAAAAUGGGAAAAAGGAAGAGGAGGCCAAAAUGAGGGUAAGCAAAAGAGAACAUUACGGCGGAAGAGUUUUAAGGCAACUAUCUCUACCGCACUGUUCGCAGCUUAUUACUUUUUAUAAGGCAAAAGAAAAAGGCGUAACGAACGGCACAGGGUGGGGGAUGUACAAUUUAAUUCCAUGCCCAAGUUGACUCCAAUUUGUGCUUGGCCAUACGAUUAAUCCUCUAUGACACGCGCGAACGCGUAUUCUGUAUGUACAUCUUUGGUAAAGUGAAGAUCUGAAAAGAAGAGGUUUACCGAAAUGUAUGCGGCAGGCUAUUCGGCAAAAUUGUAAUUCGCAGACGAUUGGGGAAAUAGCUUUUUUGGCGAGGCUCCUGUUGAGUGAGGGGGCUGACAAAGCUGCUUCGGUGAAACGGCUUUCAACGAAACGGCUUUCAACGAAACGGCUUUCAACGAAACGGCUUUGACGAAACUGCUUUGACGAAACUGCUUCCAGCGAAACUGCUUCCAGCGAAACUGCUUCCAGGAAACCCCCCCCAGCGAAAGCGCAUAGUGAGCACCAUUUCUGAGCUAAAUGUCGCGAGGGCAGCGGAGCAGUGCAACUAGGAAAGGCCCAGAAGAAAAGAGCGCGUGCGUGAACUGUUGCUAAAUUUCGCCGUGCCUCCGCUCCUAGCCAAAGAGCUUCACUAUAUUGCCUCCAUCUCAGUGGCAAGGGCAGUUGCGCGCUGCACCUUUUUUGUAAAAAAGCGAGCACGUGAAGCGGGCGUUAUUGUGUGCGUACGUUAGGGCGGAUAUAUAUAUAUAUAUAUAAUAUAUAAGCACCCAUUUAAGCGUACGCACACACAUGUGCCUAACCGUUCACUUACACCCAGUCGUGUGCGUGUGCGUGUACCCCCCGGAACGCCCUAACGGAGACCAGCUGCCCACAGGAUGGCACUGUACAUCAUCGGCCUAGGGCUGGGGGACGAAAGGGACGUCAGCGUAAAGGGAAAGGAACUGAUCGAAAUGUCAGACGUAGUAUAUUUAGAAUCAUACACGUCCGUUUUAUUCGUUUCAAAAAAUACCUUAGAAGAAUUUUACAAAAAAAAUAUUAAGGAAGUAGACAGAAAUCUAGCAGAAGAAAAUUGUGAAGAGAUACUAAAAGAAGCAAUAAAUAAAAAGGUAUCCUUCUUAGUGGUCGGAGACCCACUAUGCGCAACCACACACCAUGACAUUAUCCUUCGAGCAAAAAAAAAAAAUAUUAAUGUUCAGGUGAUUCACAACGCUUCCGUCAUGUCAGCCAUAGGAGAAAGUGGUAUGCAACUUUACAACUUUGGUCAAACUGUGUCCAUCCCAUAUUUUGAGGGAAAUUACAAACCGACUAGCUUUUACGAUAAAAUUAAGGUAAAUUUAGACAACAAUUUCCACACCUUAUGUUUACUAGAUAUUAAAGUAAAAGAAAGGACGAUAGAAAAUAUGAUGAAAAAUAAAAACAUUUAUGAGCCAUCCAGAUUUAUGACCGUUAACGAGGCUAUUGAACAGCUCCUUUAUUGUGAAGAGGUGCUUAAAAAAAAUGUCAUUACGGAUAACACGCGGGGCAUUGCCAUUGUCCGCAUAGGGUCAGACAGCCAGCAGAUUGUAUCAGGCAGCUUAUUGGCGCUCAAAUCGGUCAGUUACAAUGACCCGUUGCACUCUUUAAUCAUUUGUGCGCCCACGCUGCAUGACGUGGAAAGGGAGUACUUCGAAAUGUACCAGCACAGGUGUUGA